GCUGAUGGCGGUGAUGCGCUCCAGCUCCACGCUGCCGCUACUGCGCAUGUUGCAUGACAGGUACACGCAAGCCUCCAUCUUGGGCAUCCCGAGCUGAGGCGAAAGGGCAGCAGCCAUAUACACUCUGAUUCCAAAAUUACAACAACCGGGAAAUAAACACAAAAAUUGGCACAUUGCCGAGAUGUAACUUUUCUUCCCUGAAAAUAUCCGCUCAACAAUUUGCUUCUCAGAGGUGAGCGGAGAACAGGAUGGCAAAGAAAGACAGCGACUGGUCUGCAAGGCUCUGAAAGGGUUUCAUCUGUUUAACUGUCAGCUGUUCUGGAUUUAUCUUUGACAACAGGAAAACCAAAACGGCCACACUCACACCAGAAUGGCGAUGAAGAAGCUUGCCAUCUUCCUCUUAGUCCUCUCUCUUUGUCUAGAGGGAGGCUCUGCGAAAGAAAAAGGAACUAAGAAGGGAAAAAAGAAAGGGAAGCAGGUUUACUGUCCAUCACAGCUGUCGUCUGAGGAUCUGGCUCGAGUCCCUGCAAACUCAACCAGUAACAUCUUGAACAGGUUACUGAUCAGCUACGAUCCCAGAAUAAGACCCAACUUCAAAGGGAUUCCUGUGGAGGACAGAGUGAACAUUUUCAUCAACAGCUUUGGCUCAAUUCAGGAAACAACCAUGGAUUACAGGGUGAACAUCUUCCUGCGGCAGCGCUGGAAUGACCCCAGGCUCAAGUUACCGCAGGACUUCAAGUCAGACUCGCUCACUGUUGAUCCCAAGAUGUUCAAAUGUCUCUGGAAGCCUGACCUGUUCUUUGCUAAUGAGAAGAGUGCAAACUUUCACGAUGUGACCCAAGAGAACAUCCUCCUCUUCAUCUUCCGUAAUGGAGAUGUCCUCAUUAGUAUGAGGUUGUCCAUCACCCUUUCUUGCCCAUUGGAUCUAACCUUGUUUCCAAUGGAUACACAGAGGUGUAAAAUGCAACUUGAAAGCUUUGGGUACACAACAGAUGACCUGCAGUUCAUGUGGCAGACAGGAGACCCUGUCCAAAUGGAUGCUAUCGCUCUUCCACAGUUUGACAUCAGACAAGAAGACAUUGAUUAUGGAAACUGCACCAAAUUCUAUGAAGGAACAGGGUAUUACACUUGUGUAGAGGUUAUCUUCACCCUACGGAGACAAGUUGGCUUCUACAUGAUGGGUGUUUAUGCCCCCACGCUGCUCAUAGUGGUCCUUUCCUGGCUGUCUUUCUGGAUCAACCCUGAUGCGAGUGCUGCAAGGGUUCCUUUGGGGAUCCUCUCGGUGCUCUCCCUGUCUUCUGAAUGCACCUCGUUAGCUUCAGAGCUGCCCAAAGUGUCCUACGUCAAGGCUAUCGACAUCUGGCUCAUUGCAUGCCUGCUGUUUGGCUUCGCCUCGCUGGUGGAGUACGCUGUGGUUCAAGUGAUGCUCAACAGUCCAAAGCACAUUGAGGCGGAGAAGGCCAAGAUAGCUUCUAAGGAGAAGGCUGCAGGGAAGAGUCCUGGUGUGAGAAACAACACCAUCAACGGGACCGGAGGGACGCCUCUGCACGUCAGCACCUUACACGUGGGUGAGACCCGCUGUAAAAAGGUGUGCACAUCCAAAUCAGACCUGCGGACCAACGACUUCAGCAUCGUGGGAUCUCUCCCACGGGACUUUGAGCUGUCAAACUUUGACUGCUACGGGAAACCGAUUGACACCGGCUCUGCUCUCGGUAAAUCCCAGGCAAAGAACAAGAAACCGCCUCCUCCAAAACCAGUCAUCCCCUCCGCUGCCAAAAGAGUUGACCUGUAUUCCAGAGCACUGUUCCCUUUUUCUUUCCUCUUCUUCAAUGUGAUUUACUGGUCCAUAUACUUGUGAUUAUCUGGAAUUAUUAUCUCAAUGCUAGAGUUUCUUGAGUUCUUUAUUUGCCUGGCUUAUAUAAAAAAAGGCUUGCAUUUCCAAUUGAGAAGUGAGAAAUGGGAACCUUGCCCCCACAGAACUGGUGCUGUGAAGGAAGUAAAAAUAAAAUUUGAAUGCAAUUUCUACAUAAGAUAUAAUUUAUUUAUUUAUUUAUUUUAGAAUAAAGAUAAAGAGUAUUAUAAUUAAACACUUUAUGCAUUGAGUUAUACUCAAAGGAUUUGCUGAAAUAAAAUAGUCUUGGUGAAACAGAGAAUUUUUAAGAGGGGAACUGAAAAUUCAAAGAUGAUUUGAUAAUCACUGUUUUAUUUCAGUUUUAUUUCGUUUGCUUUGUUUGUGUAAAGUUUAUUGGUCAAAGCAUUUUAUUUUAGCUCCUUUGCAAAGUGUUACAUUGUAAUUACCUCGCAUGUUAUAAAUAUUGCAUGUAUAUGAAAAGAAAAUCUAAAAAGUUAUAUCAGAUAUUUAUGAAACGUUAAUAUUCCAAUGAUUUACUUUUGAGAAAAUUUGUGGAUAUGUGAAGCACUCUUUCCUGCCAGAUGGUCAUGUGACACUGCCACUCCUACAACUAAUACAACACUUGACUCAUCCAACCUGUAGCCUGUGUAAACGGGUCACUUCUGAGCUGUGACCAUAUAUUUGUGAAAUUUUCAAGCAAAGAAAAUAAAUGAUCAAAUGACUUUCCACCAUUUGAUGUUAUUAAAAAUAAUGAC